AUGGUGACAUUGGACAGCCUUGACUAUAACCCUACAGAGGACAUAACAACUAUACUCGCGUCUCAGGGUUCUCUCGAUGAUAUAGAUAAAUUACUUCUACGAACUAGAAGUACGAAACUGCAAUUGCAGAAAGAGAUUGAAGAGAGCAUUCAAAAGUCAACAACGGAACCAAAUAAUACUGCAGAAGGGACUUCAGUUGUGGAUGAUGUGUUUCAAGACUUCCAAGAAACCCAAAAUACAGCUUCAAAAAUUUACUCGACCAUAUCAGAACUAACUGAUGGAAUUUCACAUUUAGACAAUGCUAAAAAAAACAUUACGCAAUCAUUAACUAUAUUUCAGAACCUUAAGAUAUUGGUAGAUAGUUAUUCCCAAUGUGUAUUAUUAGCUGAGUCUAAUUCGUUUGUUGAGAUGGUGUCCCCCUAUAAAAUUAUGUGUUCCUUAUCUGAAUCGACUUUUUCGUCCUAUAAAUCUGUCACAGAAAUAAACAUGCUUUUAUCAUCUAUUUCACGGUUGAAGUCAGAUAUAUUGAAUAAGAUCAAACAAAUUUUCAACGAAUUACUAAGCGGUAAAGUGCCAGGAAAUGAAAAGCUUGAGGUCCAACUUAGGGAUGGGGCUUGUGAGCUAUUGGAUUCAAAUAACAGCGCUAAACUACAAAUAAUAGACUGGUGUCUUAACAAACUUCUUUACGAGAUAAAAGAAAUCUUUCAACUUGAUGAUGAGGCUGGAUCCCUGGAGAACCUCUCCCGUAGAUACAUGUUUUUUAAAAAGAUAUUGAACAACUUCAAUUCUAAAUAUGCGGCCUAUUUUCCUCCUUCAUGGGGUAUACCACUUGCUCUGGCUUCUCAAUUUUAUGAAAUUACUAAAAAAGAUUUGGAUGUUCUUCUGAGAAGAGAACUUCAGGGCAAGACACCCUCGAUUGAUUUGUUCAUGGGAUCAUUACAAGUAACUUUAGAUUUUGAAAAAUACAUUGACGUACGAUUUUCUAAUAAGUGUAAAGCAGAAAAGUUAAGUGCAGCAUUUGAACCUUAUUUGUCUCUAUGGGUGUCUCAUCAGGAUGGGAUGAUGGAGAAAAAAUUCCUCACUUAUAUGAGUGAAAGCAAAGUUCCUGAAAAUAUACAGGACUCAUUAGUAGUUCCAUCAAGCGCUGAUCUUUUUAGAACAUACAGAUCUGUUUUGAGUCAAACGUUAGAACUUAUAGGUGAUGGUAGUAGUGAUGGUAUCCUAACAUCCUUAGCAAACUUUUUUUCAAAAUGGUUAAUAGAGUAUGCUAGUAGAAUUCUACGCCCAUUAUUAUUACCUGAUAAUCUUGAUAUAGAAGAUAAACAUGAGACUACUAAAUACACUGUGUUGCUAGUGAAUACAUGUGAUUAUUGUUCUACUACAAUAUCGCAAUUGGAGGAAAAAUUAGCUCAAUUAAGUUCCAAUCCGUCAAAUGUCUCUAAAAUAUUUUUAAAAACAAAGGACAUAUAUGAUGAACUUCUUGCCAAAGGGAACAACCUGCUGUUGAAAAGGGUUAUUCCAUUGGAUCUAGCAUUUGUAUGGAAAGAAUUUGAUAGUACUGACUGGGCCCACAUUGCAGUUGAGGAUUACAGCAGGUACAUUAUUACCUUAAAGAAAGUGCUGACUUUCUCAUCGUUCUCUAAUAAAGAUAGCAAGGCUCGAUCUAAGUCUUCCUUGGAGGAGAUCAUGCUACUCCUGAGUCGAGAUGUAUUCAAGUGGAACUUUUUUGAUAAAGUGAUAGAUUUAGUAACAUCAAAUUAUGUUGACUGUAUAACUCGUUUAUUGCAACCUUUACCUCCUUUCGCAACAACAAGUAGUCGUAGAAUACUAAAACCAAAAAAAGUUAUAGAAAUUGGGGAGCAACUACUCUUAGACAUACAACUGCUAAAAGAGAUAUUGAAUUCGAUCCUAGAAAGUGUUAGAACAGGGUCUGUAACUUCCCAGAGUACUCCUUUCAAGAGACUGAGUAGACACGUUGAAACAAAUGUUGAUUUGUUACUACAUUUUGCAAAGCUACUCGUACUUCCUCUAGAUAAUGCUGAGGCCUACCAGGAGUCUUAUAGCCGAUUGACAGAUGAUAAUAGGGAUAUAACCGUAUGGGCAUUUAUUAUGACGUUAAAGGGUAUAACAUGGGACCUGGAACAAUGGAAAGGCUUAUGGGUAUUUUAUAAAACAAGCGUUAAGGAUAAUAACGAGUCUCAGCUUGAAAGAAAUCUCUUUGUGUUCAAGUGGGAUAAUAGACACAUACUUCGCUUCGAGAAUAAUUUGGCAAGAAUUCAAGACCCUGCCUGGGCAGCUUUUGUAAAAGAGGAGCUUUGUAUUAUGCCUAUCAAGCUAAGUAAUGCUACCAAAUAG